GUUUAUUGUAUAUUCCUUGAUUCGGGAUUAGCAUUAACCCCGUGAAUGUAGAAAAUCAGAUAAUCAUCAAUUGAUAUUGAGAUGAAUAUGGCGUUUUCAGCACAGUCAACUGGCGAGGAAGUAUCCCAGAUCCUCUCUGGCCAAAUCAAAGGGAGCAACGCCCUCAUCACCGGCGUAACCCCCGGCAGCAUCGGCUUCACCGCAGCCCUCCACAUAUCACAACACAAGCCCAACCUCCUCAUUCUAGCAGGCCGAAACAUCUCAUCCCUAAAAACCGCCCAAGACACCAUCCUCUCCACCACUGCACAUGCACCCACCAUAAAACUGCUCGUCCUCGACCUCUCAUCCCAAGAAAGUAUCCGCCAGGCCGCCGCAGAAGUAAACAGCUAUCCAGACCCAAUCACCCACCUGGUCAAUAGCGCCGGCGUCAUGGCGUCGCCGUACGCAACGACAGCGGACGGCAUCGAGUUGCAGUUUGGCACGAACCACAUCGGGCAUUUCCUCUUCACGAACCUAGUUCUACCGCGCGUGCUCAGCUCGGCGGGUACGUUGCGGGUUGUGAAUGUGAGCAGUGCGGGACAUAAGAGGGGGCCGGUGCGGUUUGAUGAUAUAGGGUUCAAUAACGGACAAGACUACGAUAAAUGGGCGGCAUACGGCCAGAGCAAAACAGCCAAUAUGCUCUUCUCCGUCUCGCUCGCGCAGAAACUCAGCGACAAGGGCGUUGAGGCGUUUAGUCUGUACCCCGGGCGAAUCUUGACGGGGAUAGCUAGACAUUUGAAAGAUGAGGAGAUGAUGAAAGCUGGAUGGAUGCGCGAGGAUGGGAGUCUGAUUCAAGACCCGAAGCUGAACUGGAGAAGUCUGAGUCAGACAGCGGCUACGCUGAUUGUGGCGACGUAUGAUGGGAGUAUUUCGGGGCGGAAUGGUUCGUAUAUGGUGAAUAAUGUGGUUAGCAACGGCGAUGCGGAGGAGUAUGCUCUCGAUCCUGUGAAUGCGGAGAGAUUGUGGAUGUUGAGUGAGGAGCUUGUUGGUCAGAAGUUUACCUACUAGAUACAUCAUUUGCUGAUGCGAUAUAUGAUCCGUG